UAGAAAAAAGAUUCAAAGUUGUUAAAUAUUGAAGUAAAAAAGCAUGUAAAUAUCCAUCUUCUCAACCAACUUCUAAAUAACUUGUUGAAGGACAGUUUUCAAGAGAAAUUUCGUGGUUUGUCAUCCUACAACUGAGUAAACUGUUUAAGCUGAAGUUUACAGAAGGUACGAUUGACACAAACCAUUUCGACGGCGACAUCUGUCUUCAUACGGCAGUUUGUGAGUUACACGCAGUCUAUUAUAUCUCAAUCAGCAUCGCACUCACUAUUUGUAAAGCGAGGAUAUUUGUAAUAUUUGUAAUAUUCUCAUGGUUGCUGCAAGAAAUUUUCUGACGUAUUGCGUGAUAAAGUUAAUAUUAAUUCCAACGGUAAAUAAGCGCUUAUAUUACCAUAUUACAGCAAGCACUGAGCGGAUGUGUACAGGUGUAGAAGGCUGUUUUCGUCAAAACAAUUAACAUUUCUUCCAGAGGAAGCAAACAAAGAUAUACUAAGUUCUCAAUAGCAAAACACUGUUGCGUGCGUUAGCUCGAAGGGGCUUCUUCGUUGGUCUAACCCCUAUGAGAGUGUUGUGACACAGCUUUACAACAAGAAGUCAUGACAGCCAUAGGAAAUGCUUCGUUUAAUCACCUCGAAUUGAGUUCAAACAACGAGACGUCCUCUGAACAGUGCCGUAAUGGAAUAAGUCACAGUCACGUUUCUAUCGCAGUGCAUGUUUUCUCUCUUUUAGGGUCCCUAAUAGGAAACUUCCUUUUGAUCGUCGCUUCUGCAAGGAUAAAAGAAAAACGGCUACUCUUGAUUACUAACAUGGCUGCAUCCGACCUACUUGUGGCGAUCUUUUUACUUCCUCGCUUCAUUAAAACAGAAAUCACCGGGUCCAAUGCUUUCCUCGUUCACGGAACUGCAGGCACAAUUCUUUGCAAAAUGUGUACUUUCCUCAGCGAUAUGUCGUUAUCUGUUUCAACCCUGAGUUUAGUCAUGAUCGCCGUUGAGCGCUUCCUUGCAGUUGCAUAUCCUCUUGUCUAUAGAUCUACCUCCUCCAAGAGGUGCCGCAUUUUCGUCGCUUCAACUUGGGCCUUGGCCGCAGCGUUUCACUCACCAUAUUUUUAUACUUCUCGGCUGGUCAGAGUUGUUGGCAAUCAAAGUCAUGAUAUUGAAGUAUGUCAACAGAGCUGGGAACCAGCUUUCAAUGACAGAUUAGCACAUCGUCGUUACGGCAUCUUUCUAUAUACGACCGUGUUGAUUCUGCCAUUGCUUCUUAUUUCCGGUUUGUACAUUGUUAUCGCUUUCCACGCUCGGAAUGACAAAAUGUUGACGUGUCGAAGUGAAAGAGGAACGAAACAGAGACGGGAUUGCACUCGAAAUCUUCUUAGGAUGGCAUUCGCCACUAUCAUUUCCUUUCUCGUCUGUUGGACGUUGAAAAUUGUGAUAAGUUUUAUAAACCUUAUUUCACCUUGGGUGGUUCCUAAUUGUAACAAAAGCUUCAUGGCAGUUUCUUACAUCGCACAUUUAUUGGCAAGUUGUUAUUGUGCAGUUAAUCCAUGGCUCUGCUUUUUAUUCAUUCCAAGAUUUUUCUGUGAAUUAAGAGUAAUGACGGGUAAAAGAAAUAUUAGAUAUUCUAGAGCAGAGGGUAUAAAAAUGAAGAGGUUGCGAGGGUCUGAUCCAAGCAAUAUUCAGCUCCGCAAUUUAGAGAACAGUUCCCAUUAGUCUUGAUAUCAAGAAUCAGCAAAAAAUAUCCUGCAUAGAUAUUUCUGUGGACAUUCUACCACGAACAUAAGCAGAGCAACUCAGGUUCAAUUUUUGAAAACGAGUAACGCGUGAAUUGAAGAAGAUACAUGAUUCUUUUUAAGACUCGUGA